AAAAUGUCUAGUCUAUAGAUCUAUCAAGUGUUUCUACCUAACGUUACAAGUAUUUCGCAGCAGUCCAACAUGAUUUUCAGUCUUAAAGCACUGUACAUGUAUUUUUUCUCAUCUUUCAUUCUUUGGUUACAGAAGCUAUCCCGAGGGAUUUGCAGACACAUUUAUAUUGCCCACGGUGUGAAACCUCCUUGGCAGUUGUGAUGUAGAAUAGUCUCCUCCUGACCAAACUUUGGGAUUAUCACCAAGUCAUCUCCAGUACCAGUCCCAGCAUGGCCCAGCGUGUGUGUGUGGUAGGUGCCGGGGUGAUCGGCCUGUCCUCCGCUGUCCGUAUCCAACAGAAAGUCCCCGGUGUCCAAGUCACAGUUCUGGCCGAGAAGUUCUCUCCAUACACAACAAGCGAUGGGGCAGCUGGCUUCUGGGAACCAUACAUCCUGAACGAUACACCACCAGAGCUUAUCACACAUUGGGGCAGUGAAACUUGGGACCACUUGAAGACGCUGUAUCUGAGUCCUGCUUCUGCUGAUGUUGGUGUGACAUUGCUGUCUGGCUACCACGUACAUAAACAGCCUCAACAGGAUCCUGCCUGGGCUUCCAAAGUCUUUGGAUUCCGUCACUUGACCAAGCAAGAGCUGCAACUGUUUCCUGGCUUCAGCUCAGGCUGGUUCUCUACUCACCUGCUCUGUGAAGGUAGAAAAUAUUUACCCUGGUUAAUGACGAAAUUCAAGAAAGCUGGAGGCAAGGUACAGCAAUGGAAGGUGACAUCACUGACUGAGCUUGCUGACCACUAUGAUGUUGUGGUGAACUGCUGCGGUAUCGGGGCCAGAGAGUUGGUAGGAGACAACACAGUUGAGCCGGUCAGGGGACAGGUCUACAGGGUACAUGCUCCAUGGAUCAAAUGUUUCUAUGAUGCUGAGUAUGAUGGACAUGAUUUCUAUAUAUUUCCAUGUGCCAACAAUGUUGUUUUGGGCGGAACAGCACAGAAGGGGAACUGGAACCUCAGCCCACAUCCCACUGACAGCAAAGACAUCUGGGAAGGCUGCUGCCAACUGGUGCCAAGCCUGAGGAAGUGCAAAGUUGACCAUGAGUGGGUGGGGUUACGACCAAACAGGCCAAAAGUCAGGCUGGAGAGAGAGACAAUUGGAAAUGGUUCCUCCAGACUUGAGGUUGUGCACAACUAUGGCCAUGGUGGAUCUGGGGUCACCCUUCACUGGGGAUGUGCUCAACAGGCGUCCAGUCUGGUACAGGAGGCACUGGUCUCACUACAGCUCAAGCCUAAACUGUGAGAAAAAAGUCAGUCAGUCAGUGUUUAAUUAUCCUAUUGCAGAUGCCUUUGUUAUUCUCAAACUCAAUGGAAGUUCUCCUAGACUUCUUGUCCAAUGAUUUUAAGUCACAAAAAGAGAGGGCGCUUUAAAAAAUUUUUUUAAAGAGACAAUAAGAAAGAAACCUAACAAACAGCUCUAAAAGGGACCAGAGAUAAUUUCAAUAUAUUUAACAUAAUACAUGUAAAACAGACAAAUGAUACAAAUUUGCCAUGACCUAACCAUGCAAAAAAAUAUAAUAUGUAUUGUCCUUUUAAAAAAAAAUGCAAUGUAUUGAAUACCAUAUUGUCAUUCACCAUAAUGAUCAUCAUACAAUAUUUUCUUAGCUAUGAAUCUCUGUAAGUAUGAUUAUGUGCAAUUAAUUUGAUUAAAAUAAUGAUUUACCAAGGACAUAUGAUUUACUAAUGUAGAGGGUGCCCAAUGCCAUCUUUAAAAGUAUCCAAUAUGCAUUUUAGAAUAUGUACAUGUAAUGUUGCAUCUAAAACUGAAAUAUGUGUCCUUUUGUUUUAAAGGAAUGUAUGUGUUAAUAUAUCCAUAUUUAUAAUAAUUUACUAUGAAUUCUGAAUUAACAUGUUCUUGUGUAUCAAUCGAACAUACUUUUAGGAUUAGAGUUCCAAAAAUGUUGAGCUCUCAAGAUGAUUUUACAAAAUCUAUUCAGGGAUGGUUUUUAUCAUAUAUACAUAUAAUAUCACUGAAUAUUUAUGUACAGAACAUAUGGAAAGAUAUACAUCAAGAAGUGCAUUUUGAAAUGAUAUAAUGUUGGGUUAAGCAAACACAGUGAAACACAAUUGAUAUUUUAUCCAAAUUCAUGCUUUGUCUAAAAUUGUAACAUUUAAAAAGAGUGUGCUUUUAUUGACUUUUGACAUUUUGCCAAUGGCUUAUUAUUAUGCCAACUAAUAAACUAUGUAAACAGUGAAUUAUGAUAAUAUAAUAUAUAAUAUAUAUGAAAUAUAAUAAAUAAUAAUAAUGAUAAUAUGAUAAUACGGUUUGUCUA